CCAGUAGACGUCAUCAGUGCGCGACUACGUCGCGGAAUCCCACUGCGGCGGCUUGUUAAAGCGUCGUUGGAAGUUUGGGACGAGCACCCGUUAAGUAACUGGGAUCAUUACACCUGACACCGUGAUCGUGUUGUAGGAAAGCGUCUGCUGGACAAAGAUCAGAGAAUUUAGAACUAAAACCGGGAAACUGCAUCUGUCAGCCCGCCCACUGGGAGGAGUGACCAUCCCUAUAGCCAAUGGCAGGCUCGUAGGCAAAUGAAGGGGGCGGAUCCAAGCCGUCUUCACUCCACCCUGGAGGAGGCUUAGAAUACCAGAGUGGGCUGGGAGGCUGUGCGCCCAUUUCCACACUGGCAGAGACGGCGGAGGGAGAGAGCGAGUCAGCGAGCGAGCGAGAAUCAUCCAGGGGGAGGAAGGAGCAGAGCAGACAGAACAAUGCACCCCGAGCAGUUAAGCAGGAACCCCCACCGCUUCUCUCUCAGGGGAUCCCGUGAGCUGUACUACCGCAGCAUGCAGCGUGCUUGGGAGAAGGUGGGCAAGGCGGACAGCGGCGAGGAGAAAUCCAGGAAGCGCCGGCUGCGCGUCUGCGUGGCCACCUGCAACCGGGCCGACUACUCGAAACUGGCACCCAUCAUGUUCGGCAUUAAGGCCCAUCCGGAGGACUUUGAGCUGGAGGUGGUGGUGCUGGGCUCCCAUCUCAUUGAUGACUAUGGCAAUACCUUCCGCAUGAUCGAGCAGGACGACUUCGACAUCGGCUCCAAGCUGCACACCAUCGUGCGCGGGGAAGACGAGGCUGCUAUGGUGGAAUCGGUGGGCUUGGCGCUGGUGAAGCUGCCCGACGUGCUCCAGCGGCUGCGGCCCGACGUGCUGCUGGUCCACGGCGACCGCUUUGACGCGCUGGCGCUGGCCACGGCGGCGGCACUGAUGAACGUGCGCAUCCUGCACCUGGAGGGCGGCGAGGUGAGCGGCACCAUCGACGACUCCAUCCGGCACGCCAUCUCCAAGCUGGCGCACUACCACGCCUGCUGCACGCGCAGCGCCGAACGCCACCUCAUCGCCAUGUGCGAGGACCACUCCCGCAUCCUGCUGGCUGGCUGCCCCUCCUACGACAAGCUGCUGACUGCCCACCACCGCGACGACUACAUGGACAUCAUCCACAGCUGGCUUGGGGAGGACGUGAAGGAGCUGGACUACAUCGUGGCUCUGCAGCAUCCGGUCACCACAGACAUCAAGAACUCCAUCAAGAUCUACGAGCUGAUGCUGGACGCCCUCAUCUCCUUCAAUAAGCCGACGCUCAUCCUGUUCCCCAACAUUGAUGCAGGCAGUAAGGAGAUGGUGCGAGUGAUGAGAAAGAAGGGCAUCGAGCGGCACCCCAACUUCCGGGCCGUCAAGCAUGUGCCCUUUGAGCAGUUCAUCCAGCUGGUGUCGCAUGCUGGCUGCAUGAUCGGGAACAGCAGCUGCGGGGUCCGCGAGGCCGGCGCCUUCGGGACCCCCGUCAUCAACCUGGGCACGCGGCAGACGGGCCGAGAGACUGGGGAGAAUGUUCUACACGUGCGAGAUGCAGACAGCCAGAAUAAGAUCUACCAUGCGCUGGAGCUGCAGUUUGGAAAGCGCUACCCAGGCUCCAAGAUCUACGGCGACGGCAACGCAGUGCCCCGCAUCCUGAGGUUCCUGCAGACCAUUGACCUUGACGAGCCGCUGCAGAAGACCUUCUGCUUCCCAGUGGUGAAGGACUGCAACUCUCAGGACAUCGACCACAUCUUGGAGACCCAGAGCGCGCUGGCCGUGGACCUGGGGGGCACUAACCUACGGGUAGCAGUCGUCAGCAUGAAGGGGAAGAUUGUUAAGAGAUACAUCCAACCAAACCCAAGCACCUAUGAAGACAGGAUCCAGCUGAUUCUGAAGAUGUGCAGCGACGCAGCCAUCGACGCCGCCGUCAGCCUGAAUUGCAGGAUCCUCGGAGUGGGUGUGUCAACUGGCGGCCGGGUGAAUCCCCACGAUGGGGUCAUCCUCCACUCGACUAAGCUGAUCCAGGAGUGGAGCUCCGUGGAUAUCCGCACCCCCAUCUCCGACACGCUGCACCUGCCCGUGUGGGUGGACAACGACGGCAACUGCGCCGCCCUCGCCGAGAAGAAGUUCGGCCACGGCAGGGGAGUGGAGAACUUCGUCACCGUCAUCACCGGCACGGGCAUCGGCGGUGGUAUCAUCCAGCAGGGCGAGCUGGUCCACGGCAGCACCUUCUGCGCGGCGGAGCUGGGCCACAUCAUGGUGUCCCUGGACGGACCCGAAUGCUCAUGUGGCAGCCGCGGCUGCAUCGAGGCCUUUGCCUCGGGGUCCGCCCUGCAGCGGGAGGCCAAGAGGCUCCACGACGAGGAUGAUCUGCUGGUGGAGGGCAUGUCCCUGAAGAACGAGGAGCCCGUCAGCGCCAUCCACCUAGUGGAAGCCUCUCACCGUGGCAACGACAAGGCUAAGGCCAUCCUCGGGACAGCUGGCACAGCGCUGGGCGUGGGCAUCAUCAACAUCCUGCACACCGUGAACCCCUCGUUAGUGGUUCUCUCCGGUGUCCUGGCCAACUUCUACGAGAACCCGGUGAAGAACAUCAUCCAGCAGCGUGCCCUUAGCUCCGCCCAGAGCAUCCGCGUGGUGACCUCUGACCUGGAGGAACCUGCUCUGCUGGGUGCAGCCAGCAUGGUCCUGGAUUACACUACAAGGAGGACAUAUUAGACAGAGUGGCUGCUCUGGUAUCUAUGGUCUUAACUGGAAACCACAGGCCCUAUUGGGCUAGGUACUGGGAGGUUCACACAAGUUCUGGACCUAAAUAUUAAAAAUGUGCUCGAACAGUGAGUAUCGGAUGAAGACACCAGAAGAGCUGGUGAGAAUUCCCACAUUCGUAUGGAAGUGAAGUAUUACUUUUAUUUUGAGAAUACUUAUCUUUUACUGUUUUGUCUGUCCGUUAUAUGAAGUCCAAAAUACUUAUCUUGUGUUUGUUUCGGAGCACACUGAUGAACCUCACCUUUUCAGGGCAGUCAGUAGAGGGGGGGGUGGUGGCGGGUGUGUUCCAGGGACCUGUAGCUGUAGCGUUCCGCCAUUGGCCAGCAGCCGGUUAAUGUUAAUCAAUCAGAAUCAGUCAUUUUCACCGGAGGAAUCUUGUGUAUUCUCAAUGUAUUUGACCUAAACAUUUUUUUGUAAUGGUCCUAUGAAUACAUGUUUUUGAAGUAACUUUUUUUUGUACGAAAAAAAGUUAGGAAAAACAUUUUUAGUUUUAACCCUGAAGUAACUAUUUUAUUUUAUACAUUACCUAAGUGGGGGGACUUGUACAAUCAAACCUUUAACUGAAGCUUGCGAAGACAUUUUAAAUUAAAAAAGAAUGUAUUUUUUAAGUGGCAGUGUUUGCCAUGCACCAAGUAAGCUGUAUGUUCAAAACAAUCACCAUCACUGACAAGAAGUUCUGGUAACACUUGACUGAAGGCCAUAUUUUUAGUAAUUUAUAAACAGACUCGUAAUGAUGCAUUCAUAAAGCAUUAUAAACAUGCCUAUAAAUAUUUAUCAAAAGGCAUAACGCAUUAUAGCCAUGUGUAUUAUGCAUUAUGAAUGCUUUAGGAAGCUCUCAUCUGUAAUCACAGUAACCAAACAGGCGAACAAAUCUGAUGUGGUUCUCAAACUAUGGGUUGUUACUCCUGUUAUCAUCCAGACAGAAAGUUUGAAAGAUCCACUGAAGUAUAGUUCAGAUUAAAAGAGCAGUAAUGAAUGAAUGCAGUAAUAGGCAGAGGCUGGUCUCUGGCCCCCUAGGCUUAGACACUAGCGUCUUACGCAGGAAGCAGGUGGAUCGGGCUGGGUAACCUUCAACAUACCAUAAUGCGAGGUUAAGUUCCCACUACGGUGGAUGUGAUUUUGCAGCUUUAUCGAACUGCUAUCUGACAUUAUUGCCAAAGUUAUUCACAGGUGGCAUUUCAGCAAUUGGAGGUACGACAAUUUUAAUGUUUUAGGAUAAAACAAAUUCUUAGAAUAUUUUAAGUGGUGUUAAACUCUGAUUUCUACAUUCCACAGACAGGUUAUGCUCUUAGUAAUACAAGGGCUACUGGUGUAAUACUUGAAUUUUAACAAGUGUUCUCUUCUCACCGUCGCAUUUUUAAAGAAAACGGUCACAAAUGCAACAAAUUAGUAUAAUAAAAUGAUAUUUUGAUUUUAACCCUA